AUGUCCUACUAUCCGCCUCACACGGGAACGGGAUACCCGUACAGCUCCUACGCAAAUUACCCUCAGACAGGGACAUAUCCGACAACACCGUACCAGACGUACCCACCUACAGGCGUAACAAGCUACGGAGCUGCAUGGCCAUACCAGGCGUAUAGCUACUAUGCGCAUCCCCAGCAGCAGCAACAACAGCAGCAACAACAACAACAGCAAGCUGCGUCGACGUCUGCGAGGCCUGCAGCGACGACUUCCACGUUCUCGAGCACACCGACUGUGACGACUCCCGCGACGACCAUACCUCCUCGACCGGCGCCCGCACAAUAUACAUUUGCGCAGACGUAUACCCCGUCUGCAACCGGGCUCACCUCUACACGGAGCUCAAGGAGACAGCCCACCUUCAAAGGCUUGUUUGCCAAAGAGCUGCGCAACUUGAUGUACGGCUUUGGCGACGACAGAAACCCCGCAAAUGACACUGUCAACGUGAUGGAGGAGAUCCUGGUCGAGUACAUCGUGGACAUCUGUCAGACUGCCCUCGCACCCGGGAAGAACAAGGCACGUCUGUCGAUCGAGGACCUACGUCGCGCAUUGUCGCGGCCAGCAGACUCGAAGAAGCUGGCCCGUAUGGAGGAGCUGCUCUUCAUGCAGGAAGAUAUCAAGCGCGCUCGAGCCCAGUUCGAGGAGUCGGACAUGAACCAAGCCACCUCCUUCUAG